AUGCCCAUGGCAAGUCUCGCAAAUUCCGCCAUGGAAGCAGCCUCUCGCUGGUUAGCUUCUAACGAUUGCAGUACAAGAUUCACCGCCGGUCGUCAUUCCUUUCCGAGCAUUGUUAGGGUUAAGCGACGGAACAAUGUAACUCAUGCUGCCGGAACUGAACCGAAGCCCAAGGCAGCCAAUCCUUUAACGUACAGAAUCGUCGAUGAAUCUUCAAUCAACACACUUCCACCGUACAUUAAUAUUUUCUCUUGCUUUCAAUUUUUACAUAGAAUGGAGACCGUUUCACAAGAGAUUAAAAGAGUUAGGGCUCAGAUAGAAGAGAAUGAGCAAUUGGCGAUCUGA